AUGGCCUUCGAGCAUCGCUCUGAGUCGGUGCUGGGCAUUCUGUCCCAGGCUCCGAGGGACUUCGAAGCCUGGGAGAAGCUGGCGAAGCCGCCAGAGAUCUAUGAUCCUCCUCAAAGGGCACAGACUUGCUGCACGAGGUGCGUGUACCAGAGCUUGCGGUCUACGGCCUGUUGCAUAGCGCCGAUUGCCCGUGUCUGCUCCGCGCCGUGUUGUCAAAUCAAGAUGGAGAAGAUCUCUGACUCGGACGAGUGGCUCGUGAGGAUGCUUCAGACCGGAACGCACCCAAACUUCCCCGAGGCGCUCAAAGGCGUCUGGUGGUUGCAGGACAACGUCGCGGCGGAGGGGGUGAUGACGUUCCACGACGCGGAGUGGACCACGGCCUCUGUGGGCAUGAAGUCGUCCAAGUACAACUGGACGGUCGAUGCCUGCAACCUGUGGGGAGUGGUCCUCACCGGCAACUUUUGGAUCCGAGGCGGCCGGCACCUCUUCGAGUUCUCCCCAAACCGGAAGUGGAUCAGCAUUUCUGUGAGCAACCCGGGUGGCAGCCACUGGAUCUACGUGAUUCAGCCGGGCGACGUUUUCAAAACACCCGAUGGGGAGGUGAUGGACCUAACGCCGGGCGAAGACAUGAUGCGGGUGUCUUAUGCCACGCUGGACACAAAGUCCGAGGUCGGCUUCAAGUAUUUAAUGCGGCGCAUCGCUUACCUCGAUGCGGAUGGCAAGCUUGUGAAGACGCCCAACUUUGAGAAGCUGCUGAAGGUGGCGACUUCCAACCCGCAGCACUGCUGCGGCAGCUGCGGGUGCUUGGACUGCGGCGACCACGCCCUGCACAACAUUGAGAACACCGGGCUGGAAGUGGAGCAAUGA